UAAGGCCUCAAGGCUUUGGUACAGUACGUUAUAGUGACAACUACCGUCUUUGUAAUGGAAAUAUUGCAUAAUACCCUUUUAAAGGGCUCCUAGAUCCUGUAAUACAGCAAACUGAGUGGUUAGCAACUUUGAUUCCAGUUUUCAGGUUGCAGCAUUACAUGACGACGCCUGGCAUACAUCGACAUGGCCAUUGAAGUGAAGCUGCCACGGGUGAACAACUUCUGUUGCUGUUGUACGCUGAAGUGUGGAGUCAUCGCCAUCGCUGUUGUGUUUAUGGUGAUCAACUUACUUCUUGGACUUUACGUCAUUGUUGCUCACGCAUUGGACAUACGCGAACUACGCCCCUUCAGGAUCGCAGAUUUGUUCCUGGAUACAGUCUUGAUCAUCUUGUGUAUCAUCCUCCUCGUUGGAGCCAUCAAGGGGAAGUACAUGUACUGCAUGAUUUGGGUGUACGGUACAACUGUCUUCGUUACCGGUGUGAUCAUCAUUUCUAUCAUCGCUUCAUCCUUACGGGCUGCAAACAGACCCGAAGCCGUACACAGACUGGGGUUUAUGUGGACAGGGAGGGCUAUUGAAUGUGGCCUACUGGUGUACGGUGUCAUCGUGGUGAACUCCUUCGCGCAGUCCCUGCGUGACCCCGACAACCCCCUGCUCCAUUCGCCCUACAGUCACGUGGAGGAGCCCGAGGCCAUCUAACCUUUUGGGUAACUGUGUCUGAGCAUGGUUCUGGAUUAAGCACAGUUCUAGAUACGCGUGUACUACCUAGAAACAUGUUUGAGCAUAGUUCUGGAUUAAUCACAGUUCGGAUACGCGUGUACUACCCAGAACCGUUCCUGAACAUGGUUCUGGACAGUCUUCAAGAACAUAGAUUUGUCCCAAGCAUUUCAACUUGUUGAAAUACAAAUGUAUGAAGACUCCUUCCAGUUGACGUUCUGACUCCUAUACGAUCACUUGUUGUGACUUUUUAGAUGUUAUCUUUCAAUUUAGAAUGGGACAAAGCCGUCCUCAUUGAAUCAUCUGUUGGAUGUUAAGAAAUGGGUGGUGAGACUUGUAUCAAGGAGGUCGUGUGGGACAAACAAACAAAUUUUAAUGUCACAUGGAGUGUGUUGUCCUUGAAUAUGCUAUCACAACCGUUGUAUAUAGUUCUCUAUUUGCUUGUAUAUAGUCAUUGUGUAUAGUGUAUUUUUUCCUCCCAUUUUAAGGAGUUGUCAAUCUUGAAAUAUUUGUAUACGCCCUGUGGCUUUGAGGUGAUAAAGAACAUGUAAUUUGAUUAAUGAUGGCAGUCUAGUUGUUACUGUUGUGUUGAUUCAUAUUGUACACUAUCUGAUGUUCAACCAUGUAAAAUUUGUGGUUGUAAAUAUUUGAUUGAAGUACAUGGGUGUAAUCAUAGAGAAUUCAACAGAUUUACUUGUAGCGAUAGGACGACAUUAGGUAUGGAAGAAUGAAGUGGCCAUGAUUAUAUACUUCAUUUAUUUUAUUAAACCAGUCUAGACUAGUGGAGUGGUCUGGCUACGCUAUAUUCUUUUCAACCCUAUUGUGCACAUUCGGACUGAGCCUGUCUGGUAGAAACUCCCUGUAUUACAAGGUCACACUUAUUUCAGAAUUGUGAUGCCAAACGACCUGUUGGACGUUGAUACCUAGAAUGCAUUCUUAAACUUAAGGGAUAUUCUAACUGUCCUAUUUUUUCUCGCAAAAAAAUACUGGACAGCUUGUAAACGCGCAUGGCGCAGAUCUAGAGCUACCCAAGGGCAACACACGCAUAUAGAAGCAUACUUCAUUAUGUAUUGCUGUAGGAUGGCUCUGCGUCCGAGAAUGAUAAAUAAACGUUGUAAGUCAUAAUAAAUGUCUCUAUCAACCUGAGCC